CUUAGUGUCUGUCCUUAUUAUCAGAGAGAUCACUGUGUACAUGCUUUUUCGGGGAGGAUUAAGCCGCUGUAGGAGGAUCACUACAAAAAAAAAGAAAACAUGGAGGGAAAUGCUUUCUUGUUGUGUACAAAAGAGCCUCAACACUACUGAAGAAGGAAGAAAAGGAUAAUUAUUUUUGAAUUCUGAGAUUUUAGUGAAAGGGACCUAAACCGUGAUGCAGGGAGGACCAGGGAAAGCUACAGGCAUGGAGUAUUAUUCUUGUAGUCUUAGUGAGUCUGUACUUUAGUUGUAUGUGUCUACAUCAAGUGUGGGACCAUGGGAGCAGUGCUAAGUUGGUUUUCUACUCGCUUUUACAUUUUGGUGCUGGAUACAGCCUGCACGUUGAUACACAUAAAACCUAAAGAAUCCCUUGAAGAACCCCCUCAACUAUUUAAAGGAUGUGGGAUAGAAGAUUGUGGCUUAGGUGAUAACUUCUUCAAACUAAGCCAGAAAACGGGGGAUGGAGGUUACACUUCUGAAUACCGUACCCACUCAAAGGAGACCCACACAAUUUCAGAUUCAGGUCUUCGUCAUGAGAUGGAGGAUUCUCUCAACGGCCUGGUGCGACUUGAGGACAUCAAGGUUCAGCAGGCAACAUCUGAAAGCGUCUGUAUUGGUCAGAGUAAAACCAGAAGGAUAAAAUCACUAUCUAUUCAGCACAAACAGAGAAAGGAGUUUGCCAUGUGUUUGGGAAACAAGCACAAGGAUGCGAAGAAACACGCAGACAACCCUGCUAUAGGUUUGAAAUUCAGCACCAGAGACAUGUGUUCCAUUGAUAGCCAAAGUUAUUCUUUUGCAGAGAACCCAAUAUUACGACAAGGCCAACAACAAUCAAGUAUCAAUCAGGUUUGCAUUGGAUACUGUGGAAUAAUGGAGCCAAAUUGUUUACAUGUACAAAGUGCAAACAAACCUGGCACAUUUAAUUCAAAGACUAAAACCAGAGUUACCAAUGGACCCACUAAGGCGUUCGGACGAUUGUCCCUCAAGGAUCAUUGUUUCUCACACAGCACCCCGGUUGGUCUGGAUUGUCUGGGCAGGAGAAGACACAUUUCAAACUUCUCGACUUUGCCUGAAGGGGCCUCCCAGAAGUCGAGGUCUGGAGAAGAGCUGGGCAGUGAGGAAGACUUGUUGUAUGAAGAGUUCUGCAGUUCAAUUCACUGUUUUGGACAUCCAGGAGGAGGUGGGGGAGAGCAGCUGGCUGUCAAUGAGCUUAUCAGCGAUGGCAAUGUGGUGUACGCAGAGGCACUCUGGGAUCACGUCACCAUGGAUGACCGAGAGCUCGGCUUUAAGGCUGGUGAUGUCAUCGAAGUAGUGGAUGCCACCAACAAGCAGUGGUGGUGGGGUCGCAUCAUAGACAAUGAGGGAUGGUUUCCGGCCUGCUUUGUUCGGUUGCGUGUGAACCAGGACGAGUCUGCAGAAGACUUUAAAGCCCACCUGGAGCUGGACCAGUCCACAGGAGGCAAAGAAUGGGGUCUUGGAUUGUUCUUGGGACCAGGAUUGCCUAGCAAGGAACACAUGAGGGCAAAGGUCAUCAAUGAGAUCAUGAGCACAGAGCGAGAUUACAUCAAGCACCUAAAAGACAUCUGCGAGGGUUAUAUCAAACAGUGCCGCAAGAGGACAGACAUGUUCACGGAGGAGCAGCUUCACACCAUCUUCGGCAAUGUUGAAGAGAUCUACAGGUUCCAGAGAAAGUUCUUAAAGAUCCUAGAGAAGAAGUACAACAAGGAGCGACCACACCUGAGUGAGAUUGGCUGCUGCUUCCUUGAACACCAAGUUCAUUUUCAGAUCUAUUCUGAGUACUGCAACAAUCAUCCCAAUGCCUGUAUCCAGCUAUCCUUGCUUAUGAAGGUCAGCAAGUAUGUGCUCUUCUUUGAGGCCUGUCGACUCCUCCAAAAGAUGAUUGACAUUUCGCUGGAUGGAUUCUUGCUCACACCGGUUCAGAAGAUCUGCAAGUAUCCGUUGCAACUAGCCGAGCUGCUCAAAUAUACCAAUCCACAGCACAGGGAGUACAACGAUGUGGAGGCUGCCCUAAACGCAAUGAAGAAUGUGGCCAGGCUCAUCAAUGAGAGGAAACGGCGUCUUGAGAAUAUUGAAAAGAUCGCCCGAUGGCAGAGUUCCAUAGAGGGCUGGGAGGGUGCAGAUGUAUUAAGCAGGAGCUCUGAUCUCAUCUUCUCAGGAGAGUUGACCAAACUGUCUCUACCACAUGCCAGGAGUCAGCAGAGAAUGUUUUUCCUCUUUGACCAUCAGAUCGUGUAUUGCAAAAAGGAUCUCUUGCGACGUGACAUGCUGUAUUACAAAGGUCGGCUGGACAUGGACCACAUGGAGGUCAUCGAUGUCGAGGAUGGCAAGGAGAACCACUUUAACGUCAGUGUGAAAAACACCCUGCAGCUGCGCUCACUGGCUGGCGAUGAGGUUCACCUCCUGUGCGCCAAAAAGCCGGAACAGAAACAGCGGUGGCUUCGAGCCUUCGCCGAAGAGAGGAGGCAGGUCCAGUCCGACCGGGAGACAGGUUUCACUCUCACUGAAGACCAGAAAAAACAGGCCAUUCUAAAUGCCUGCAAAAGCUGUCUCUCUGGGAAACCCAAAGUGGUGAGCAGACCCUACUACGAUUUACUCCUGAGACAGAAACACCCCUCCCUCCCCACGGCCUUACCACAACAGCACGUCUUCAUGCUGGAAGAACCCAAGCGCAAAGCCUCGACCUUCUGGCACAAUAUCAGCAGACUGACACCCUUUAAAAAAUAAUACGUCGAAGCAAACGAGAACAAACGAAAGGGAACAGAUGUUGGUUCUGUGGUUUAUAGAAAAAUGUGUAUCGUUAAAGAUGUUUAUGAUGGAGGACAUUGAAACAUUUACUGAUUAACCGAAUAGAGAAACUUAACUUUGGGACUAAUAGUACUACAAGGGUCUGUGGUGCUCCCUGCUACUUGUCAACAAAGUGAUGUUAUUUCCGCUAAUAUGUAUUUCGACUACUACUAUGAUGUUUUUGAUUGAUGCCAACUGUUCACAGUGCCAGAUGAUUUUGUUUUAUACAUAUAUUUUUCUCUGUCAAGUUUUAGCAAAGGGUGGCUGUUUUGAAGUUUCUGGAGAUUUUUCUUUUUUUUCCUGUGCAAAAACAAAACUAUUAGACAAGCGUAAAGACAGUGACCUUCAAAGAUCAGCAGGUGUACUCAGUAGUAGACAUGCAAUGUUAAAUGUGAAGUUUUUUCCCAGUACUAUACAUUGCAACUCCCAAACAAUAUUUCUGACAAUUGUGCGUUAUGGUUUGGUUCAUUUCAGUUGAGUAUUUUGUGAUCUCGAUCCACCAGUAACCUACCAACUAUUAACUAUAUGCCUAUCCAUGUACAGAUACAGUAUGUAGUACAUCUUUGUACACCAUACAAUACAUGUUGUGAAAUGACUGAACUAAAAAGUUGUACAAAGGCUCAGAUUAAAAUAACCCAAAUUA